ACCGCCGAGGUGCCCAUGGUGCUGGUGGGCACACAGGAUGCCAUCAGCGCCACCAACCCGCGGGUGAUUGACGACUCGCGGGCUCGGAAGCUCUCCAACGACCUGAAGCGCUGCACCUACUACGAGACCUGUGCCACCUAUGGGCUGAACGUGGAGAGGGUCUUCCAGGACGUGGCUCAGAAGGUGGUGGCUCUCCGAAAGAAGCAGCAGCUUUCCAUUGGCCCCUGCAAGUCCCUACCCAACUCACCCAGCCAUUCAUCUGUCUCUGCAGCCUCCAUCCCUUCUGUUCACAUCAACCAGGCCACCAAUGGUGGAGGAGCCUUCAGUGACUACUCCUCCUCAGUGCCCUCCACGCCCAGCAUCAGCCAGCGGGAGCUGCGGAUCGAGACCAUCGCUGCCUCCAACACACCCACCCCCAUCCGCAAGCAGUCCAAGCGACGCUCCAACAUCUUCACGUCUCGCAAGGGCGCGGACCCGGAGAGGGAGAAGAAGGCUCCGGAGUGCAAGGCGGACAGCAUCGGCAGCGGGCGUGCCAUCCCCAUGAAGCAGGGCAUUCUCCUCAAACGCAGCGGGAAGUCUCUCAACAAGGAGUGGAAGAAGAAGUACGUGACACUGUGUGACAACGGAGUCCUCACCUACCACCCCAGCCUGCACGACUACAUGCAGAACGUCCACGGGAAGGAGAUCGACCUGCUGAGAACCACAGUGAAGGUCCCAGGCAAGCGGCUCCCCAGGGCCACCACGGCAGCAGCGCCCAGCGCAAGCCCCAAAGCCAACGGCCUGGCCAAGGAGAGGAGCAGCACACAGCUGAGUGGGGGCACAGGUGCUCCCCACUCGACCAGCAGCACCUCCCUGCACUCGGAGCGCUCCAUCAGUGGCAUCAACCUGGUGGGCUUCAGCUCCAAGCCGGAUGGCAUGCACCAGCGCUCCUACUCUGUCUCCAGUGCGGACCAGUGGAACGAGGCUGUGGCUAUCCCUGGCAGCUGCCCCAACCCCUCUAAUGGCACUGCUGACUCUCUCAGCUCCAGCCCCAACAUUUCCAGCGCUGCCAGCCCAAAGCUGGAGCCACCCCCAUCACCGCAUGCCAACAGGAAGAAGCAUCGCAGGAAAAAGAGCACAGGGACCACUCGGCCUGAUGGCCCCAGCACGGCCGCAGAAGAGCCAGAUGAGCCAUUUGAGUUCAUUAUUGUGUCCCUGACGGGCCAGACAUGGCUCUUCGAGGCCUCAACGUCAGAGGAGCGAGAGCUCUGGGUCCAGGCCAUCGAGAGCCAGAUCCUGGCCAGCCUGCAGGGCUGUGAGAGCAGCAAAAACAAGGCGCGGCUGGGCAGCCAGAGCGACGCGCAGGCCAUGCAGGCCGUCCGCACCGCCCGUGGCAACAGCUUCUGCGUGGACUGCGACGCGCCAAAUCCUGACUGGGCAAGCCUGAACCUGGGCUCCCUCAUGUGCAUUGAGUGCUCGGGGAUCCAUCGCAACCUGGGCACCCACCUGUCUCGUGUGCGCUCCUUAGACCUGGAUGACUGGCCCAGCGAGCUCCUCAUGGUCAUGACUGCCAUAGGCAACGCCCUGGCCAACACUGUCUGGGAAGGAGCUGUGGAAGGCUACCCCAAGCCCACCCCUGAGAGCAGUCGGGAGGAGAAGGAACGCUGGAUCCGGGCCAAGUAUGAGCAGAAGCUCUUCCUGGCUCCGCUGCCCCAGUCGGACAUCCCCCUGGGGCAACAGUUGCUGCGGGCAGUGGUGGAGGAUGACCUGCGGCUUGUGGUGACGCUUCUGGCCCAUGGCACCAAGGAGGAAGUGAAUGAGACCUAUGGGGAUGGAGAUGGGCGCACAGCACUGCAUCUGUCCUGCGCUAUGGCCAACGUAGUCUUCACGCAGCUGCUCAUCUGGUACGGGGUGGAUGUGAAGAGCCGGGACGCUCGGGGCCUGACCCCGCUGGCCUACGCCCGGCGAGCCGGCAGCCAGGAGUGCAUCGACAUCCUGCUGCAGCACGGCUGCCCCAGUGACGCUGCUGUCACCACGCUGACCCCCAGCCUGCCUCGCCGCAACGCCAACGCCAACGCCAACAACAACGUCUGCUCCGGGGGGCUGCCUGACCUCCGCUCCAGCCCCAGCCCUGUCUAG